UGCCCGGAAGUAAAGCGGAAACGCGUUUUGUGCAUGUUUUCAUCUUUAAAUGUAGCCAGGUCGCUGUGCUGCCACUGUUGUGCAGUGAAGCAGUGAUGGCAGUGGUCAACUUGUCCUUUGCUGCUUGUGGCUUUCUGGGUAUCUAUCAUCUUGGCACAAUCGAUGCUCUCCUCACACAUGGACACAGGCUGCUGUCGUGUUUGAGAGCCUGCACUGGGGCAUCAGCUGGAGCUCUGGUGGCCGCUGUUCUCAUCACAGCUCCUGACAAGCUGGAGCAUUGUAAAGAGUUUACCUACAGAUUUGCCAGCAAUGUCCGAAAACAGACGCUUGGUGCGAUGACACCUGGAUACGACUUCAUGCUGGAGCUGAGAGGCGGCAUCGAGCACAUCCUGCCUCCUGACGCUCACCUGCUGGCCAGCGAGCGCCUCCACGUUUCCCUCACCAACUGCAGGACAGGGAGGAACAGCAUGGUGUCCAGCUUCCCCUCCAGAGAACACCUCAUUAAGGUUCUUCUGGCCAGCAGCUUUGUUCCUCUGUAUGCAGGAGUGAAGCCAGUGGAAUUCCAGGGCCAGAAAUGGAUGGAUGGGGGUUUUACAGACAGUCUUCCCAUCCUUGCUGUGGGACGCACUAUCACUGUGUCUCCUUUCAGCGGCCUGCAAGACGUGUGCCCGCCUCACGUGGGUCCCAGGAAGCUCAACCUUAGACUGGCUAACAUGACCGUUACACUUUCCGCUGAGAACAUCAAACGAUUGAACCAGGCCUUGUUUCCGCCAUCCCUGCUCCGAAUGCAAGAGUUGCAUCAAGAAGGCUACGAGGACACGCUGCGCUUUCUCAGGACUGAAGGCUGGACACAGGCAUAAAAACAAGGGCUGUAUUUGAUUCCAUUUAUUUAACCUUGAAUGUCUGUGUACGACAAUAAACUGGCAUUUUUAGGCAGGUUUUAUUCAAUGUUUGUUGGGGUGUAUAGGGUCCUUUUGAACUGUAAUGUCUUGAUUGAAGUAUGUAUAUUAUAUAUAAAAUCUAAUUUUAUUCUGAGAAUAAGUUGCUGCUGCAAAUUGUCUGUUCUGACAUCUUGUUUCUUAAAUAAAAGUUCCUUCAGAGACUGAA